AUGGCUCGUCAAUUGGUCGCAUUUUUAGCUGCUGCUGCUGCUUUUAGCGGUGUUAGCGCUGGCCCUUGCAAGCCUGCUUCUUCAAUCGCCCUGUCGUCAACAAUUCUUGUCGAGACAACUACGGCUGCCACUUCUCACGACACUGCUUCGUCUACCAUCACUGCCGAUGUGACUGAGACCACUGCCACCGACGCUACCACUGAUGCUACUGCUACUACGGAUGCCCUCGACACUACCAUCAUCGGUAGCACCACUGACUCUGCGACGGCCGGAUCCAUCACCACUUUCCUGACUACUACCACCGAACAAUCUCUUGAGCAGUCUACCACCACCACCACUGCUGGCCCCGUUGGGCCAGGUCCUUGUCUUGAAGAGCAGGUACUUUACAACCCCAGCUUCGAUGAUAACAACAAUGGUUGGCCCUGGGAUCUCGACAGUGGCGUCCAAGUCUCUUCAUUGAGUCCGCGCUCUCCCUCCUACUGCCUCUACAACACCCCCACGUCAGACAACCGAGUCACCACGUUCUCCCAAGCUCUCCCUGCUUUGGGAGACUACGAAUAUGAGUUGGUGUACUACCUCAGCCUGAAGAGUGCUCAAGUCAAUGGCCUCGACUUCUCCUGCUAUGCUAACGCCUUCGUCAAUGGAAAAAGGAUGCGGGAUAGCGGAAGCUUUGAUCAAUCUAGCCCCUCCACAUAUCAGCGAGUGGGUGAGGUCUUCACCCCGCAGAACUCUGAUGAUGCUGGGGAACUGCGUUUCGAGAUCCAGUGUGAUGGCGAAUUCGAGUAUGCGGAUUUGGCAGUUGACGAUGUCAGUCUUACUCGUCGUUGCAACGCGUGA